AUGGAAUCGUUGAAAUCACAGUUGGCUCAGAUUACUCAGAAGGAAGACAAUCUCGUCGAGGAACUUUCCCAGCAAAAAUCCCUCUUCAGCAGCCUCCAGCUCCAGCAAUCCUCUGCCCUGGAAGAAGUUCAGAACCUCCGCUCUCACCUCAACGAAGCCACCGCCAAGUCCGAAUUCCUCGAAAGCCAGCUCGCCUCCCUGCAAUCCCACUGCUCCGCCCUCGAGGAGCAAAACCGCGAGCUUUCCUCCACGCUUUCUUCCUCCGAAGCCGAGCGCGAGCAGCUGGCCAGCGAGAACCAGCAGCUCACGCAAGCUGCAACGACGUUCAACAACCAAGUCCAGCGAAUCACCGACGAAAACGCGCUGUUAGAGAAGGAGAAAGAGCAGCUCACCAAGGCGAUCGAGCACCUCCACGCCGAAAACGCCGAGCUCGCUUCUGCUUCCACGGCCAAUCAAUCCGCCCUGGCGUCGCUUCAAUCCGAGCUCGCAGCGCAGCAGGCCGAAGCGUUGCAGCUGAAGCAGAAGCUGGAGCAGAGCGACCGCGCGAUUCUCAAAGCGAAGAGCGAGACGGUGGCGGAAUGCAACGCGCUUCUGCGACAAAAAGAAGACGAAAACGAGCAGUUAACGCUCUCGUUAACGCAGCAAACCCACGAUUUAGAGACAGCCAUCGCGUCGAACCAAGCCAACACGCAGCGAAUCGCGGCAUUGGAGCAGUCCCAGCGCGACCUGCAGGAGCGAUCGGAGAAGGCGGAGCAGGCGGCCGACGCGCUCCGCGGGGAAGUGGAGAAACACAAGCGAUUGGAGAGCGAUCUGCGGCAGCUCGUGGAGCAGAGCAGCUCGCAUUAUGAAGAGGUGAAGGGCGAAUUGGGGGAGAAGGAGAGGACGAUCGGAGAGCUGCGAAAGCAGACGACGGAGCUGAGCGAUGCGUUGAAGGCGGCGAAGGAGCGCAACGACAUGCAGGAUGGACGUAUGGAGGAACUAGAGAGAGAGAAGGAGGGGCUGGAAGAGCGAGUUCGCGAGAUGGAAACGUCGAUGAACGAGCAGCAGAACACAUCGAGCGAGAUGGAGAAACUGGCGAAGGAGUUGUCAGAACGCGAGAAGCAGAUCGAAUCGAUGAAGGCCGAGGAAGAAUCGCGUCGACACAAGUUCGUUUUAGUGAAAAACAAACACGACAGCGAAUUGAAGGCAGCAAACGAUCAAAUCCAGCAGCUCCAAGCGCUCCUUCGAGCGCAGUCGAACCCUUCCGACGCUCACAGCGAGGCAGACACGCUCCGGCAGCAGCUCGCGGAGCAGCAAACCACCAUUGAGGCCCAACGGUCGCAGCUGGCUUCGCUGCCGCAGUUGCAGUCGGAAAUCGCGCGGCGCGACGAGGAGCUGAGCUCGAUUCGCGGUAGUCUGAGCACGUUAGAAAGCAAACACGAUGAAUUGACGCAACGCUACGAAAGCUGCUUGAAGCUGAACACGCUGCUGAAAGAGGAAACCGAGAAAUCCAAGAGCGAGUUGCAGGGACUGCAGGAAUCGUCCUCGGAGCUCGUGUCGCUCCGAGAGGCCAAUGAGAGUUUGAAAUCGUUGCUGGGAAGCGCGGAAUCGAAGUACGUGCGCGUGGCUUCGCUGAAUAGCGAAUUGCAAAAAAAGGUCGAAAUUUUGGAGCAGGAGCAGAUAAGGAAAGAGAGCGUGUUGGUGGUGGAGUGGUGGAAUGAAAGAUCGAUUAAUAUGCGUCCUGUGAAUUAUGCGAGAGCGAAGCAGGGAAAUGAUUCCGAUUCGGAUGAAGCGCCGUUGGUGGCUCCGAAGAACCAGCCGUUCUCUACGAGAGCGAAAUUCGAUUAUAUGAAGCUGAGAAGGAGUUUUAAGCGUCUUCCUCUGGAGCUUCAGCGAUUGAUCACAAUCUAUGCGAUCUUUAUUCACGUGAUUCUCUUUAUUGCGAUUGUGAAAUAA